AUGCCCAAUAUCCCUUCGAUGACGCAGCCUACCUCUGGCGGCCAAGAUGAUCUGUCGGCGGCUGAGGCCGAAGAUGAUGAGGCCGCAGACUCCGAAAGGGAGUCCGACAGACAGAUGUACGGAGAAGACGAUAUGGAUCCCUCGUCACAUCCGGCAUAUGUAGUUGAAGACGAAGAUGAAGAUGAGCUGCUGGCAGAGCCCCCUCGUGGAGGUUCCGGACAGCGCGGUCGCAAUGGUCUGAGGACAGCGGCGGCAAGCAGUUCUUCUAGCGCACCUAAGUCUUCACCCUUGGAACCGGCGAAGGCAAGAGGAGCCCCUGCAGGCUCUGAUGACAAGAGCAAGUCGCAGCGGAAGCCCCGGGGGAACUUACCUCCGGCUCCUGCCUUCGACGGCGACAAGAAGAAGGAUCCAAAGUGCUUCAGGAAAUGGUCGGCCAAAGUGGACUCCUAUGUGGAGAUCGCCAAGAACAUCAUCGACGACAGCGAGAUCGGCUUGAGGCUUCACGCUGCGCUUGAUGGAGACGCGGCCGACUACCUGGAGGACAUCCCGGCUCGGACUUUCGGCGUGGAGAAAGGGUGGCAGGUCUUGUUGCGUGUCCUCAAGGAGAAGUUCGACGAAAAGAGGAUGCACAAGGUGGGGUCUGCCAUGCGGGGCUUCUUUCGCCUGAAUUUGGGCGACAAGUCCUACUCCAUGCUGGAGGUGGCCGACGCCAUGGACAAGGCGGCACGUAGGUGUCGCGAGGCUAACCUCACGAUCCCGGACGAGAUCAUGAUCUAUUUCUUCUUCGAGCACACCCAGUCGUCCACCGAGAGACAGGCAAAUUUGUUGCUGCGCACGGGCGGCGAGUACAACUGGAAGAAGAUGAAGGCGGCGGUGGAGCUGCUGUACCAGAAUGUGAAUGUCAGGCCAACGCUGCUGGAGGUCGUGAUGUGCGAGAUCGUGGUGGCCGUGGAGGCGACAGAGGAGCAAGUUGAGAACUGGAUCUACGACUUGGAUCCGGUGGAGCAGUUGGCGUCAGCAGAGCUAGAGGAGAUCCCGGAGGACCUCGCGAGGGAACUCCACCUUUGUUUCGCCACUCACAGGGAGAAUCGCCAGAAGCUGGCGCGGGCAGUGCAAGCUCGCGGCUUCUACGUCGGGCAGAAGGGCAAAGGCAAGGGCAAGUCCAAGUACGAUUCCAAGGGCAAGUCCAAAGACGGCAAGGGCAAGAAAGGAGGCGGCGGCAAGGCUCGUGGCAUGUCCCUUGAGGAGCUCAAGAGCAAGACGCAGUGCGCCGACUGCGGGCAACGUGGUCAUUGGCGGGGAGAUCCUCAAUGCAAGGGUGCCAGGAGCAACAACGCCGUGCAGCGGGACGGCCUGGACGAUGACGAUGAGGCCCAGGACUGGUACGAGGACUACGACCGUGACGUCGAGUACCCAUCUUGGGCUGCUGAGCGCUAUGGCUAUGAGGCGCAUCGCUCGUCCUAUGUGUCGGCGCGCAGAGAGCCAGGCGACGACCGGGACAGGCGGGCUGAAGCAGAGGCGGUGGCGCGGGGUGUUGACCGCGUGCGCCGCAAGGCCGAGCCAAGCGCGCCUGCCGUGAACGCGGACCAGGUCAAGGCCCAGCUCACCUCUGACACUUUCCUGGACGCUGAGGCGGUGAAGAGCAGGAUUCAGUCCAUGCACCGGCCGCACAUGACCCCGAGUCAGGCCCCCGAGUUGGUGGCUGAAGCUUUUCGACACUUUGGUCUGGAGCCAGUGCCAUCUGGAAGGAAAGGCGUGCGAGAAUUGUUGGACGAAGACACACCGGGCCCAGACAUCGAGUCGCUUCGGCGCGCCCUAGUUACCCGGCGGGCCGACUUCAGCUUGGAGCGGGCAGUUUGCAGCAGUUCACGCAGGCCACCGACUGUGGAGCCCAACCGGCUCUAUCUGACGUUGGACACAGCUUGCGAGAACACGGUGGCCGGGGUGACUUUGUUGCGGAGCUACGCCAAGCAGCUGGAAACGAACUACGGCGUCCAUGUGAAGAUUGAGGCCGAGUCGGAGCACUACUGCUUUGGGCCGGGGCCGCCAUUGCCGUCGAAGGAGAGAUGGUCUUUUCCGCUUGGUAUCGGUGGGGAACAGGCCGUGAUACACACCUCGGCGGUGGAAGACACGCACAGCCCGAAGGUGCCCUUUCUGGCAGGACAAGACUGGAUGAAGUUCAUGGACGCUUGUUUGGACAUUGGUCGUGACCGAGCUCUGCUACGAGAAAUCGGGAUCGAGGUGCCCCUCUUCGUAGACACGACAGGGCACUUAGUGAUCGCGAUCGACGAGUUUCCUGCAGGAGGAUGGGCAGCCGGGUUGAAGCCCCAGAAAGAGGGCUACGCAGGUGCCACCUUUGGCGCCUCGGAUGUCGCAGCAACGGCAUUCGCCGCAAGAAAAGAGACAGUCUUGCCCGACGUUUCGCAAGUUGCCUGCGGAACCACACACUUCUACGUGCCCUGCCUAAUGCCACGAGUGGCGCUCUUCGAGCCGCAAGACGCGAUCGAUGGGCCGGACCCCGAGAGCCUGCAGCCAUUGAGGGUGACGGUUUGCUCAGCGUUGCCUGUGCCUCUGCGGGACGAGUGGGGCGGACAGUCAGCAACCUCGAGCACCGACGGGGCGAAGAAGACGCACCUUCAGGGGCUAUGGUUCGGCGUGGUGACGAAGAUGCUGAGCAUGUUCGACGUGAUGGUCAGGUGGGAGCAUUUCAACAAGAAGGUCAUGGAUAUGAAGUACCGCUCUCCGGCUCUCAUGGGCUACGUGCAGGCCAUCGUGCAGGAGGAAAGCUCGUUGAAGACGAUCCCGGCUACUUUGAUUCCACCAGCAGUGAGGAAUCAGAAGCCGGCGGGGCAGCCAGCGCCUGUCCAGUAUCCGACGCCCCGCGAGAAGUGCCGACAUCCGCCCCACAUGGGCCGCAAGACGGGGAACACCCAUGGCCGUUUCCUGGAGUGUGCUCAGUGCGGCACAGUGUGGAAAGGGGUGCAGUACCGCAUCCCGGUCGCAGGGGACAUGGUGACGGCGUAUCCGCGACUUUGGGGCCACAGAGACAUUCCGGGAGGCAAGAUCGUCAAGGGCAAGGAGGCGUUAGACUCCGUGCGCCAGGACGAGGCGUCUUCCGCAAGUUUGUCCACUUGCUACUCUUGCUCGCAGGGCUGCAUGGUGGAGGGCUCCAAGGGCGACAAGAAGGCCAACAAGGCCAAGGCGGCUGGGCGUUCGACAGCCACGAGCUCGAAGAACAUUGCACCGACGCCGUCUUCCGCGCCUAUUCCGAUGACAUCGCGGGCCAGCACUGCAGUCUACUCCGACCUCCCGACCUACGACCACGAGCAGGCCGUCAAGUACAUGGCGCCGACGCCCGUGAAGGGGGCGGUCAGUUUCGGGGAGGUGCUGGCGUGGAAUACGGACGAGGACAUGGAGGAGAACUCGGAGGAGGAAGCAGCGGAACAGUCGACGUCGGAGGAGGCCCGAUGGCCUCGCAAGCGAUUCGGGUGCGAUCUCCUGGAAGUGUUCGGUGGAACUUCUAUGAUUUCGGUACGAGCCACGGCCCAUUGGGGCAUGAGGGUCCUUCAACCCAUCGACAUUCGGUGUGGCUGCGACCUGAAGAAGCCCAAAGAGCGCCAGUGGCUGCUCCGUGUGCUGGAUCGACUGGAUCCUCGUCUGGUGGUGGUCGCAAUCCCCUGUACGGCAUGGUCGGUUUCACAAGCCGACGAAGAACUGGCCUUGCGCCGAGAAUAUGUACAGCCUUUUGCGAAGCUUGCUGACGAUGUGUUCCGGAGCCAACGACGGCGAGGAGGACAUGCCGUCGCCGAGAGCCCCGCAACAUCCCAUGGUUUCCAGAAGGCCGAGUACCAGCUGCGCCAGGACUUGUAUGAGACCGCGUCGUGUGUGUCCAUGCCCCAGCUGACCGACAAGAAUGGACGUCUGGGGCAGAAGCGACUUCGGUUCGUGGCCACGCACCCGUAUUGUACUUGGGCGCUGGACCGACAAUGCGCAACGACGGUGGCGUAUCCGCCGGCCUUGGCAGACGCUAUCUGCCAAGCCUACUGGGAAGUCGUGGCGCAGGAGGACUAUGGCUUCGCGACGACGUGGGAAGCCGUGAGGGCCGUGCACUAUGUGGACGUCAAACGAGAUGAAGCCGGGUGGCGGGACAUGCUGACUCAAGCUCAGGAGCUGCUGGGUCGUAAGAACCAGGCAAGUCUCCUCAUUCCACCCGGCACGGACUUCCACAGCAAAAUCGAGAGUCAGUCACAUCGUGCCUCCGUUCUGCUCCUGAACGAUGACAGUGUGCAGAUUGAGACAGAGUACAUCCGCGAAUGCCAAGCACCGCGUGAGCGAUUUGUGACUCCCGUCCGCUACGCCAUUUUCGUCCUCGGACAUGCCCCUGGGGAACCUUCCGGCCCAGCAUCAGCGAGACCUCCAACGAGACAGCCGCUACCCGCGGAACCUGGCGAGAACGUGGUCGAGCCUGGGCAGAUGGUGCAGGACGUGAUCCAUGAGGGGAUGAUACAAGAAGGCGUGGUUCAACAGAGCUUCGCCGGAGAAAUUUGGUUCAUCGGCGGGCCUCUGAAGGAAAAGGAGAAGGCAAUUGCGCGGUCGCUGGUGAGGGCACACAGGAAUCUGGGGCAUCCACGGGCGGAAGAUUUCACCCGGGCACUUGCCCAAAACUACCGGGUGUCACCUGAGGCAAUUUCACUCAGUCGACGCCUGCGGUGUGCCACCUGUGAGAGGACCAAAAGACCACAUCCUCCAAGGCCUUCCUCCUUGAAGAUGACGGGGCCGUUCAACUCGAGAGUGUGUCUGGACUUCGUUCACCUGCACGACGCGGAUAAGGAAGGACACUGGUUCUUGCACAUCGUGGAGCCAAAUGGGUCCUUCAACGUCUUCUACCCGGUGGAGAGCCGAAAUCCAGAACAUGUGUUCGAGACCUUCUGCAACAUAUGGGCUUCUUGGGCCGGUUGGCCGGACGCCAUCCUGGUGGACCAGGACGGGGGCUUCGGAGCGUAUUUUGCAGAACAGCUCGUUAACGUCGGCACGGAAAUCGAGCACAUUGCGGCGGAGGCACACUGGCAAGCAGGACAGGUCGAGACGUUCAACCGGGCGUUCCGGUACGCGGCGGCCAAGUUGAUCGACGAGCACCACAUUACCGGCCGACUGGGGAUGAAGAUGCUCGCCUCUUCUGUCGGCGCCAGCAUGAACGACCGAGUUCGCACUUCUGGCUGCUCAGCAAACGAAUGGGUGUUCGGGAAACACCCAAAGGUGCCAGUGGACUUGCUGUCACCGGAUGGAAAGCUACAAGCUCUUCAAGGCAUGGAUGCCGACCAGGAGUUGAGACUGCGCCAACAAAUCCGGGCCAGCGCCGACGCCAAGCUUGCCGAGUUCUCCGUGAACCAGUCGUUGAGCAAGGCAAUCCUCCGCCUGGAGGAGUUCCUGGACAUACGAGCCGAGGUCCCCGAUGGAGAAGCUGGUGCACCCGGGGAAGUAAUCCCUUUCUUCGACGACAACAUCGAGGACGCACCUAACGAACUUCCCGGAUUAGACGCACAAGCUGCAGCAGGUGAAGGAGAGCAUCGCGAAGGAGACGGACCACUACCGGAGCGAUAUGAACAUGGCACUGGUUCCUUGUGUGGGUCUGAUAGGACACAGCCGUCCCCAACGGCGCGCGAGGACCGACCUAGCGGCCUUGAAGAACCGGAAGCCAAGCGUUUCCGCUCGGAGGUCGUGGAGGUUGAUACGCCAGAACCAGAGUUGGACGAAGCUGCUGAGGCUGCUCUUGAGGCCGCGCUCGGGAAGGGCGUAAACAUCACCACCGUCUAUGUGCCGGUUUCAGUGGAGGAGCUCUUUGCCAAACCUUCGCAGCCCUUCCAGGAGUCCGUUUUGGCCGCUGGCACACGCGCUGCGUGCGCAACUCGAAAAGAGGCCAAAGCGCUUGAGAAGGAGAUCCCCUUCAACCAGAUCCCAUUCGAGCAGAAGGACAGCUACGCGGCGGCCUUGCAGAAGGAGUGGGACACAUGGACAAAGUAUGCAGCGGUCGAGAUCCUGUCGCCCCACGCGUCCCAGGUUGUGUUGGAACAGUACGACAGCAGUCGCAUCCUCGACACUAGGGUGUGCUACCGCAACAAGAAUGCGCCCUACCCCUGGCUGCCUUUGAAAGCAAAGGCUAGGCUGGUGUGCAGGGGCGACCGCGAUCCUGACUUGCUCACUUUGCGGCGAGAUGCUCCGACGCUGACAAGAUUGGGUCUCAUGGUGAUCCUUCAAAUUGCAGCAAGCUUGCCGUCCUGGUUCCUCUUCAACGCGGACGUCACCGGCGCUUUCUUGCAGGGCGACCAGUCGCUGGCUUCGAGGAAGGAGCCUUUGUUUCUAAGGCAACCCCGUGAGGGCCUUCCGGGGCUCGUCGCGGGCCAGAUCCUUCUCGUGGUUCGCGGGAUUUUCGGCCUGGCAAACUCACCAAGGUUGUUCUGGAGGCACCUCCGCGACACAUUGUUAAAGCUGGGUUUCGUGCAGUCCGUGCUCGAUAAGGCCCUCUUCGCCUACUACCACCUGGGGCAAUUGGUGCUCCUGAUGGGAGCCCACGUGGACGAUCUGAUCGGUGCCGGCGAACCUGGAGGGCGCGCCGACGAAGUGCUGGCGAAGGUGAAAGAGGCCUUCGACUUUGGGUCCUGGGCCGACUCCCGGACAGACGAGGUGCUGGAAUACGGCGGGAAACAAGUCCGUCGACUUCCUGAUGGCCGAGUGCAGCUGACGCAGGAGAAGUUCAUCCAGGCAACGAACCUCACUCCGGUACCGAAGUGGAGGUCCAUUCAGCCCAACUCCGAGCUGACUGGCCGGGAGACGACCGAGCUGAGAUCGGCCGGCGGCUGUCUACACUGGCUCAUUGGCCAGACACGUCCGGAUCUGGCUGCCGGAACUUCACUCUUCAUGUCCGGGAAGCCCACCGUUUCCAACCUCCUCGAGAUCAACAAGUUGCUGAAGGAGGCAAAGAAAUCUCAGGACUGGGGCCUGUGUUUUUCCCCCGUGCCGUUGGACCAGGCCAAGGUCGUGGUCUUCAGCGACGCCUCUUGGGCAAACGCCGAGGGCUUGAAGAGUCAAGCCGGGUACCUGAGCUUCUUGACGGGGCCCGAUGUCUUUAGCCCCGGGGGUGACACAGCUUCCCUCAUGGAUUGGCGAUCACAUCGCAUCCAACGCCAAUGCCGGUCUACGCUGGCAGCUGAGACGAUGUCCCUCGACACAGCAUUCGACAGCGGCAUCUUCCUCCGCGAGCUGUUAGCGGAAGUUCUCUUGGAGAGCUACUCGCCGGUGCAGAGCGGCGCACUUCCCAAGGACUUUCUCCCUGUACAUCCCGUGACUGAUUGCCGUAGUUUGUAUGAUCUUCUUGUGAAAGAUGGGCCAGUGUCGGCCACGCAAGAGAAGCGUCUCACGAUAGACCUAGGUGCAAUCAAACAGUCAGCGGAAGAAUUUGACCCCGAAGACCUGAAAGGUACGUUCAAGUGGGUUGACACCAGUCGCCAGUUAGCCGACCACCUUACCAAGCUUAAGCCAUCUUACCAACUUAGAGAGCAUCUUGAACAAGGUUGGCUGGCACUGCAAGUUGACGUACAGAACGAUGCCAGGGAUCAAGGAAGUCAUCCGGCUUCUUGA